CUUUCUUGCUAACCUAAGACAUUCUUUUGUCGAUGCAGUGCAGUCACUUGUACUUUUUUGCCUCGAAAUCUGUGAGAGCGGCCGUAUUAUGUAACGAAGGCGCUUGGAUGCACGUCGCUGGGGUGUGGAGCUGAAUUCCCCUCGCACAUAUGCAGAAGAGAACCGUGCCGCCGAUCAUGUCCUUCCUAGCGCACGGCGUGCAUCAAAGCAACACCGCGAUAUUGUUUUUUCAGCCUGCUCAACAGAACCGAUGUCUGAGGCAUAGCUCCUCAUCGCUAAGGACGCGAGCCAGCUAUGGUGUGAUGACUGCACAAACGCCCUUAGGGGUAUUGUGCUACCGUAUAGGCAUGGGCCAACAGACGGGCAUAUAAUCCGCAGAGACCUGCAUUUCGGAAUCUGCACGCUCGUUUACUUUCGUUCCGAGUCAACAUGAAGUGGACAUCGUCUCUAACGUUUGGUGCUGCCGUCUUGGCCUCUCUCGCGACGGCACAAGAUACGCCGACAAACGAUCGCCAACCCACAGUGAGCGCGCCGUACGAGAACCCAUGGAAGGCAUUGUCCGAAGAAGAAGCUGCUAGUGUCAAUGAGCUUCUACAGGAGAGAAUGAGCUUGACAGGCAACACAGGAUCCAGCCGAGAUAACUUUGUCGUACAGCUUUCCCUUCUUCAUCCCAACAAGACGGACACUCUACCCUUUCUCGACAACAAUGCCACCGCACCAAGGCGUUAUGCGCGAGCAACUAUUCAAAGCGGUACCACCAACUCGACGGAGAAAUACUGGCAAGAGUAUUUGGUAGGGCCGCUACCAGCAACAAACGCCACUGCGGUUGAACCGUUGACAUUUCCUUUCCAAAACUCUCAACCGGGACGAACUCCCAUGCAUCCUUUGUACUCACCUAAUGAAGCAUCAAGUUUCUUCACGAGGUUCUCGACAGAGGUCGAGGAUAUCUCAAUGCAACUGUUCAACACUACUUUCUUUACUGGUAGCAUUGGUCUCCGGCUCGGUAGUCCCUUCUGGGAUGAAGAAGGCCGAAUAAUUUCCUGGGCGGCGGCCUUUGCGGAUCCAGGUACCAAACUUAGCAGUGUUACAGUGGAGCCGCUCGGUUUUGCUGUAAAGUUUGAUUUGACUGGACAAAAUUCGGACAAUUGGAAAGCUGUUGGCUGGUACUCGAAAGGAGAGUUUUAUGCCAGUACUGACGACUUCCGUGCCGCAAUCAACCAGCCCGACUACCAGAAACCACCACCGAAUGUACUGGGUAACUGGACGUCCACUGACAGGCAGGGAACGCCCAUGCCCUUGGACCAUCUACCACCGCCAGCGUCUAUCGCCCAAGGAGACCAGCGAUUCAAGAUUGAUGCUGAAGAGGGAUAUAUAUCUUGGAUGGACUUUACGUUUUACCAUGCUGUCUCCCAGGAUCUUGGCCUUUCGCUGUUCGACAUCAAAUACAAAGGCCGACGUAUCAUUUACGAGUUGUCUUUGCAAGAAGCUCUGACGUCCUACUCCGGAACCGAUCCUUUCCAAUCGCAAGCAACAUUCUUCGACACUACAAGUGGUAUGGGCUCGACACUACAACCUCUUGUCAAGGGUUACGACUGCCCUAGUCAUGCGACAUAUCUCCCUGCGACAUGGACCGAAGGCGAUACACUCAAGACCCAAGCGGAUGCUAUAUGCAUAUUUGAGUUUGAUGCUGGCUACCCGAUCCGCCGCCACUCUUUCUCACCAUCCGCACCACACACCAGUGUAGCAAAGAAUAUCCAAUUUGUCAUGCGUACCGUAGCCACAGUAGGCAACUACGACUUCAUGAUCGACUACAGCUUCUUCUACGACGGAGGCAUCGAAGUAUCCUCUCGAUUUUCUGGAUAUAUUGCCGCUGCCUAUUGGGAUGGCCAACCGGAGUACGGCUUCCACAUCCAUGACUUUCUCUCAGGUAGCUCACACGACCACACCCUCACAUUCAAGGUGGACUUGGAUAUCAACGGAAGGAAGAACAGUGUGCAGAAACUGCAAUUUGUGCCAACUUCCACGACAUAUCCCUGGAGUCAAGGUCGAGUAUACAACACUUUUAAAGCCGAGCGAUCAUGGGUAGCCAACGAGAGCGAAUCCAAGAUCAAUUGGGCGGAGAACGAUAACACAUUGUACGCCAUUGUGAACAGGGAUACACCGAACCCAUACGGCGAAUACCCGGGUUACAGAAUCAAGAGAGCUGCCGGUACAAUCCAUCUCACACAAACAAACUCGACAAACACUGGCAAGACGGGUGCCUUUGUGACGCACGACUUUUACGUUACUCAGCAAAAGGAGACGGAGCCGAGGGCUGCGGAUGCCAACAACCAGUUUAACAAGGAUGAUCCCUUGGUAGAUUUUGCAUCCUUCUUCGAUGAGGAGACUUUGGAGCAGGAAGACUUAGUACUCUGGUUCAACCUUGGCAUGCACCACCUCCCGCAUACUGGCGAUUUGCCAAACACAAUGUUUAGCUCUGCGCAUUCUGCCAUGCGAUUCGAGCCACUUAACUACCUCGUCGGCGAUCCAUCUGUCUCGAGUAACCAGCAAGUCAGGAUCGAAUACGACGACCAAGGUGCUGUUACGAGCGUGGAUGAGUUUGGCAAAAUGUCUGCCAAUACGACUUGCGCUUGAUCUGCUUCGAGGUGGAGAACUGCAUGCUAUCAGGCUUGCACUACUUUGUUGUUUCUGAACUGUCCAUAAUCAUUUUCUUUUCUCAAAUGCUAUUACUAUACUUUCUUUCUUGUCUAUCCAACCUUUUGCUCUCCAAAUGAUGUGCAUAGUCCCGCAUGGUUAGCUUGUUCGAUUUUCUAGCAUUGAUCCUAUAUCU